CCUCCCCCCUCCCCCUUCAGCACGUUAGGUUACCGGGUUUGGGUGUGUGGCGGGGGAGGGGAGGGGAUUUGGUGGGUUAGUGGUGAAGCAGAGCCAUGGGAGUGCAAGUGGAGACAAUUACUCCCGGAGAUGGACGAACCUUUCCCAAGGCUGGGCAGUUCUGUGUGGUUCACUAUACGGGGUCACUGAAGGAUGGAACAAAGUUUGAUUCUUCUCGGGACCGAGCUCAGCCAUUUAAAUUUAAAAUCGGUGAAAAUCAGGUCAUCAAGGGCUGGGAAGAAGGAUUAGUUCAGAUGAGUGUUGGACAGAGAGCAAAACUAACCUGCACCUCUGACUAUGCUUAUGGAGCUGCUGGCCACCCUGGCGUCAUUCCACCUAAUGCUACUUUGAUUUUUGAUGUAGAGCUCUUGAGACUCGAGUGAAAUCAUUAUUCGGUUUGUCUCCUGCUUUUGGCACACAAACAUGAGCAAGCUUGAAGAUUGUGCAUUGAAUAUGCAGGGCUUGGCUAUAAUCACACUACAUUUACCUUCCCCAUCCACAACCUGCUGUAUGUCAGCAACAAAUCUGCUUCUCUCAUGUUCCUUUUGGGCUGUAACUUAAAACCUGAUGAUCUCAAUCUUGAACUUUAUUUUUUUAAUUUUUUAAAGAAAAUCAUGCUUUGCUUUCUGAUAAUUCUAAGUUGUGCAUGAUCAAGAAUGAACAUCAAGCUACCUGUUAGUAAAAAAGGACAGCUGAUCAUUUAUGACAUACUACUUAACAUUGAAUUGUUAAAGCAUAAGAUAACCAUUUUGAAUUGACUUGAUGCAUUGAAAAGCCAUUAUCUGAAUGAAACCCAGUGACAAUGUGGCCAUACAGAUUGCAAUCUUUUUAAACUUGUCCAUCUUUGUAUAGAAAUGAUUUACUAUUGUGACCUGCCUGUAUUGUCUAAACUUACUCCCAUGCUAAAUAGUAUCAACACAAAACUUGUCAUUGAGGAUUAUCCAAAAUUGGGGGUAAAAUUGAUCUGUGGUCAAAUAUAAGGUUUAUUUUUUGGAGGAAAGCUGGGAUCAAUUUACCUUCUGCCAGUACUUGCUUGAAUUUUUACAUACAGUACUUUUCUCUGCUUGUGUACAGCCCAAAUUUCCAAGUCAUUUUUAACUCCACAUGUUGUGAUUUCACCAAUAUCUCUUCCAUACUUAUUUGAUUCCAUGUGUGCUAGUAUCCUCAGUAGGGUCUGGUCUUCUAUUCUGUUUAACUUGCAACAAAGUGGUGCAUCCUGAAUGUUUAAAACCUGGCACUGGGUAGAAAUCAAGACUGAUUUUUUUAUUUUGGGAAAGAGGGCGCUAACACAUUUAACUUGUACAUUUCCAAAAAUGAUCAUUCCUUAAUACAAAUGGAUGAUUCUCACACUGGUCUGCAGAAGACAUCCAGUGAUGGCAUUGGUUGUGAAUCAUAGGAAAGGCAGCAAAAUCAUGGGGGCAGGCAACUCGUUAGUACUGAUUAAUGAUGUAGGGAUCACAGAAGUGUAAAUUAUACCAUUAUGAAGCUGGGCCUCUUGAGCGCUGUCAAUGGGAUAGAGAUACUGCACCUGUUCUAGAAUUAUUACAGGUUUCACUGUCACAUUAGGACAGUAACUUCUUCCUCUAAAAUCAUCCUUGCUUUCAUCCUUUUUCUUUGGAACAGCCAGUUCCCCUUUGUAACAAGUUAAAUAGUUGCUAGUGACAUAUUUGUAAGCAAGAGAUGCUGGUCAUCACCGCUGCCAUCCCACCUCAGUCCCUUCAGUGUGGCUUAUGAUCCUUUCAUUGCACAUAGCCCUGUGAUCAGCAAUUCAUUUUGGAACUCAUUGCUUUUACAAUAAAAUGCUUUCUACCA